AGGGACAGUCGCUGUGGGCUGCCAGCAGUGGGGGGCAUUCCCUGGCGUCCAGUUGCUAGAAACACGGCCAUCUACCUAGGCUACUUAGGUGGACCAGAGAGCUUGAUGUGGCAUUUCCUAUUUUUUAAAAGCAGGGUGGGAUUUGAACUAGUGGCUUACUUUGCGUUCAGUGGGGUUUUAAUGAGCAUUGAGCCCAGAGAUUUGACCUCGUUGGCCAAAGAAGGCUCUUAAGGCCCGUUAGUGGCACUUUGGGUGCAAUGUGGCUUAUAGGAGACCUGAGCAAUUGGCUCCACAGAUGGAAGAGGGCUCCAAAAUAGGAGGCCGAGCCCCAGCUGGCUUGAAUCUCUCUGCCAGCGAAAACAACUUUGGACUUUUCUCCUCAGUUUCCUGGAUCAACCUCUUGGGGGCAGUUGGAGAGCUUGAGAACCAGUCCCUCCUAUGCCUGUACAGCCAAGGCAAAGUCCAGGGCUAAAGUGUCAGUCACCAGACGCAAGAUGUUGUAAUCCCAUCUAACAGGUCUUCUCUGCUGGUUGAAAUGUCUAUGAUUUUAUCCGCAUCAGUCAUUCGUGUCAGGGAUGGGCUGCCACUUUCUGCUUCUACUGAUUAUGAACAAGGCACAGGCGUGCAGGAGUGCAGGAAGUAUUUUAAAAUGCUCUCGAAGAAACUGGCUCAGCUUCCUGAUAGAUGUACACUGAAAACUGGACAUUAUAACAUUAAUUUUAUUAGCUCUCUGGGAGUGAGCUACAUGAUGUUGUGCACUGAAAAUUACCCAAAUGUUCUGGCCUUCUCUUUCCUGGAUGAGCUUCAGAAGGAGUUCAUUACUACUUAUAACAUGAUGAAGACAAAUACUGCUGUCAGACCAUACUGUUUCAUUGAAUUUGAUAACUUCAUUCAGAGGACCAAGCAGCGAUAUAAUAAUCCCAGGUCUCUUUCAACAAAGAUAAAUCUGUCUGACAUGCAGAUGGAAAUCAAGCUGAGGCCCCCUUAUCAAAUAUCCAUGUGUGAACUGGGGUCAGCCAAUGGAGUCACAUCUGCAUUUUCUGUUGACUAUAAAGGUGCUGGUAAGAUUUCUUCUGCUCACCAGCGACUAGAACCAGCAACUUUGUCAGCAAUUGUGGCAUUUAUCCUCAGUCUUUUAUGUGGAGCUCUGAAUUUAAUUCGAGGUUUUCAUGCCAUAGAAAGUCUUUUGCAGAGUGAUGGUGAAGAUUUUAAUUACAUUGUUGCAUUUUUCCUUGGAACAGCAGCCUGCCUUUACCAGUGUUAUUUACUUGUCUACUACACCGGCUGGCGGAAUGUCAAAUCUUUUUUGACUUUUGGUUUAAUCUGUCUGUGCAACAUGUAUCUCUAUGAACUGCGCAACCUCUGGCAGCUUUUCUUUCACGUGACCGUGGGAGCGUUUGUUACACUACAGAUCUGGCUAAGGCAAGCCCAGAGCAAGGCUCCUGAUUAUGAUGUCUGACACCAUCCUUCAGACAUACUGCCUUGGCUUCUGGGGAAAAAGGAGGGAGUAUAUUUAACUGCCACUGUGAUGAAGAAACUGUUCACCACAAUCAAGAAGCUCUGCUUUCUUUAUCUCCAGCUAUCCUUUUUGUUUCAAGUCAGCAUGGCAUGCCUGGGAGCAUAUAGUACCUGUUAGGCAAACUUAAUAUUAGCCGUGAGAUUAUUAUUCAGAGGAAGAGACUUCUCUCUCCAGGGCCAUGACAGUGGAAGAACAGUCAGAUGCCAUUGGAAGACUUGGCCAGCAGUCCUGAAUCCUUCUGAAGAGUUCAAUCAAAAAUGUAUGUGGUACAUGCUCUGAGGACCGAGUGGGAACUCUAUGACCUGGGUUCGCCUUUAUGAGGCAUGAGUAUAGCCCAAAUAAAAAGAUGCCACAAAGUUUAUAUUUAAAACAACUUGCUAAAUAUCAGAUUAUUUGCACAUUUAAGGUACCAUGAGUUUAUGAAGUCUAGGAUGGUGUGGAAUUCGUUCUUUUCGUCUUAUAUUUUUGCUUGAAUCUAAACUCUGGAAAUCACUUGAUGUAUGAGAAAGCUGUUAUAAGUGCAUCUUUCGAACAUCACAAGUACUGAAAACACAGUAACCUAUGUUUCCUUUCUAGACCAUGUUUGUAGUUUCUUUUGAAAUCACUUUUUAAAAAUGUGGUUUGUUAAAUUAUAACCAUUGUUUCCCAAACUUCAAUCACUUAAGUAUUAUAUAUAAGUAUUAUUUCUUAAUAUUAUCUUUAAAUUUUAAAAUAUUGUAAAAAGAAACUAAUCUCUACUCCAAGAGGAAAACCGGCAUCAAUUUACCAUGAAUAAAGGGUAACAACAAAAUAAAAUUAAAACAAGAAAUGUUAUUAAAUUCUAACUAGAUACUAAUGUCUGCUAAGGUGUUGAAUCCAAGAAGCCUGCUGUGUGUUGCAGUGAGAGAGAUGUUACCCAGCACCAAAAUGGGGCUCUCUCUGUGGGAUUAUGAGAAGAAUGAAAGAGAAUUGUAAAGGGAAUGACAUUCUCACUGUGAUUCUGCAUUAUUUAGCUCUGUGUUGUAUACCACCUAAAAUCCUCCUGUGUGCUACCAACGGUGUGGGUCCGGAACACUGAACUUGUACUAAGAGAAUCAGAAGGUAACUUCUCCCAGCAACUCUUAUUAUUUUAUGGCUUUGAGGAGUUCUGCACCUAAUUUCUUAGAGAACUCGUUUGUUUUUUCAUAACAUUAUAAAGAUUGUUCAAGAGGUUAGGAAUUAAUAAUAUAGGAAGCACAGUUUGAUUCCAUUAGCAAAAAUCUACAUCUCUACUGGUUUUGCAAGUUACCUUCAUUAAUGAUUUUCUUUUGUUUUUAGAGAAAAGAUUCCAAACAAGGAAUACAUAAGGAAUACGAAUUUAAAAUUUGAUGUCCAGAAAACAGUGGACCCAUUACAUAUAACUCAUGUUACUGGGCAUAUUUAUUAAGCAGAAGAAAUAGUCCGGAGGGGUAAAGUCGUUGAACUACCAUGUUUGUUUGAACCUGUAUAUGUAGGCAUGCCUGCAACUAACUGUAAAAUCUUGCUAGCUAGAACUUUUUGCUGCACUCCCUUUUUAGGAGAAUGAGGCAAAAGGAAGACAAUAAGCUUGUAAUGUCAGGGAUUUAUUUAAAACCGGAAACUCCAGUUCACUUCAGUUUUCUGCCUCUAACAAAACUGCAGAGAAAUUAUAUAUAUUCUGAGAGCUGCCCCAAGAUAUACCACAUGAUCCUGACUCAUCAAAAUAAAACUGUUUGGCAUUUUGUACUUUUGAGCCAGGAGAGUGAAGUGGUUCAUUGUGGAAAGAUUUUUCUGAACUAACUGUUAAAACAAGAGGAGUUCUCUUGUAAAUAGCCAAUUAACCAAGAAGUUGGAGCAUUCUGGUUAAUCGUGAUUUUGCUAUAUAUUGAUACUUAAUAGCUCUCUUACCAGUUUGGUUCACUUUGGUUUUCCUUUAUCAUUGAAUUAUUGAAUUAUGGUGUUUGGUGUUUUGGAUCAGUCAGCAAAGACACUUGAAAACUCACCAGCUGUUUAAUUUGUUUUUUUGCUUUUGUUUUGUUUUUUUCUAUUUUUGGAUAAUGGGAUGUUUACAUAUUAAUGUAAAAACUGAAAACAGGUAUAAAUAAUGUUUUAUGUAUAGAAA